AUGUCGGAACAACAGCAGAUCGUUGAACACGUGGUCCUCUUCAAAGUAAAACCAGAUGCCGACUCUAGCAAACUCGAGGCUAUGGUGAGUGGACUCAACGGCUUAGCAUCACUCAACCUCACCCUCCACCUCUCCUUCGGACAACUCCUUCACUCUCGGUCAUCGUCGCUUACCUUCACUCACAUGCUUCACAGUCGGUACAGAUCAAAGGAGGAUCUCCGGGAGUACGCCGUUCAUCCUGAGCACGUUCGCGUCGUCAACGAGAAUAAACCGAUCAUUGAUGACGUCAUGGCCGUUGAUUGGAUGUCUAAUGGUGCUAGUGUCUCACCGAAGCCAGGGUCGGCGAUGAGAGUUACAUUUCUGAAGUUGAAGGAGAAUUUAGGGGAAAAUGAGAAAGCUAGGGUUUUGGAAGUGAUUGGAGGAAUUAAAGAUCAGUUUCAAGCGAUUGAACAGCUAAGUUUGGGUGAGAAUUUCUCUCAUGAAAGGGCGAAAGGGUUUACGAUCGCUUCAAUCGCUGUUUUACCUGGGCAGGCUGAUUUGGAGGCACUGGAUUCAAAUUCGGAGGUUGUGAACUUGCAGAAGGAGAAAGCCGGUGAUUCCACAGAGAGCGUGGUGGUUGUUGAUUAUGUGAUUCCGCCUCCGCAGGUGGCUAAUCUCUAA